AUGGGCGCAGAGCAAUCCCAGAUGCCGGGUUACUCAACCGUUGACCUGGACAUGAGCGAAGACGAGAGAAAGCAGGCUCUGUACGCCCUCAUCCAGAAGGCAGAAGCGCUGAUGCAAGGCAAGCCAGCGGACAUACUGGCAGGCACUAAAACAGCAGGAAAGGGGCCGCUAAAUGAUGUGGGAAACCAGCUUCAGCCUCCCAGCUACACCGGACAGAAAGCUGCCUGGAAGCUUCCCCUCAGCUCUUGGGCUUCCGGUAGUGGCAAAAAAGUCUCAGGAGGUCUCAGCGGCACCGGCGGGGACCAGACACCGCCGCUGUUUGAUGUGUCAUUUUCUACCGGCCCCCAAGAUCAGGCUGCGCUGCAGGACGCCAUCAAGGCUGCACUGUCUCAGGGGAUUGAGGGCAGCACAGACGAGGAAGGUGAAGUUUCUGCUACAGCCUCAAGCGACGGCGGCUGCUCUGACAAGGAGAACCCCGGCGCCGCAGCAACACCAGAAGUCAAGGCGAAGACAGCGCUGGCACUGCAGAGGGCGGUGAUGAGUCGCGAUGGUGCAAUGCUGCGGCACCUGCUGCGCUUUGAGAACGCCAGCCUGGAAGACCAAACACAGGAGGUGCUGGCGCCGCUGCAUGUGGCGGCAGCGCAGGGCUAUGGAGAGAUGGUUAGCAUCCUGGCCCUUCUGGGAGCUAACCUUGACGCACGCUCCAGGGACAUGGGAGACACUCCGCUGCAUCUGGCAGCCGCGGCCGGCAGCUUGAAUGACAGGGGCCGCCAGGAAGUGCUGGACAUGCUUCUGGGCCUGGGAGCCUCUGCAGACCUGCCUAACAAGGCAAGUGAGGGCAGGUCUCCGCUGCAUGUGGCAGCCAUGACGGGGAGUGUGAGUGCGCUGGAGAAGCUGCUGGCAGCAGGCGCUCCCAGAGGCGCCCUUGACAAGGAUAAUUUGCGGCCGGUAGAUUUGGCUAUGGCGUGUGGCGCGAAGGAGGCGAUAGAUUACUUGAAUGCUCUGGAUGCCAAGGCACAGGCCAGCAAGAUCAAGCAGUACCAGCAGUGGCUCUCUUGA